AUGGGCCGGAGUAAUCCGUCUCUGGCCAAGCUAUCGCACGUGAUAGGCUUCAAGUAUGCUUUGAGCGGAAGCAAACGUCGCACUAUCGGAAGUGAUGAGGUCGGAGCUACAUUACUUCUGACCUUGGGAAUAGAAGCUCUUGGAGGGCGUGAAGCUGUUUCUUCCAUCCAAAGCCUGACAUACGUCGGCGAAACCAUUCUCAGGGGAAGAACAUUGAUGAUGGGAAUCUCCGUUGCUGGUGUGGACAAUGCGGCCGUAACAGCAGGCCGACAAAACAUGUCCUUUGCCUUUGACGAAAAACACGUCAAGCAGCGCAUUGACAAGGUCGCGUCACUAGGGCCCGGAUGGACCUUCGGAAGGGCAAACCUCGCGCCGAUGGACUUUUCCAUCGUUGCCGAGGGUGGUGAAAAUGGCUACGCGGCUGUGACCAGGGGCAGCUACAACUUGUAUAAUCCCUCUGGUGAACCCGAGGGCUACCUUGACGGCCUACUUGCGUCCUACCUGAUUAGCGAAGCGUACAAAUGGCAUCCACUACUUCUUCCCACGAUCCUUGCCAACAACAAUUUUACAUCUCGGCAAGGAGAGACAGGAGCAGGAAUAACGCUAGCAGGAGUUCAUGACGAUACGCUCGAGCUGACAGUCCUGUUCGAUCCUGCCACAAAUCUCCCUUACAUCAUUAGAUCCUAUGAAGAUCACCCCUUUUUUGGCGAAUCCACACAUGACCUCCUCGUUCAUGACUAUGCUGAAGUCAACGGGGUCCAAAUACCUCGACGGUUCAAAACCAUCUACAACGGAAAGCAUCUCGUUGGAGACUAUCGCGCUGACCAGACCAUCAUCAACGGUAGUCUAUCGAGCGACUUCUUCGCAGUGCCGGGCAACGGGACUGUCCCAGACUCUAGCGUUCCAAUUCGUAACGCCCAGUACAGCUUCUCAGAGAUUGGAGAAACGUCUGCUAACUUUCUCUGGCCGGGUGCCUAUACCGGAACAAAGGAGUCCAUAGCAGGUUCGAUUUCUCAGCCUCUCCAAGACCUACCUGGGUUCUGGACUAUCAGCCCCGGCGGUGAUCUAGGAAUGCGACAAGGUUUUGUUGAGCUUGAAGAUGGCUCUGUCAUUGUAUUGGAUGCUCCGCCGCAUCAGAGCAAGCUCGUCAUUGAGUGGGUUCAGGCAAAUCUUGGAAAGAACAUAACACAUGUCUGGCCUACUCACCAUCAUCACGAUCAUGCCUUCGGUGUAGUAGACUAUGUCGCGCAAGGGGCGAAGCUCAUUGUGCCUGAGCAUGCCGCAGGAUACUACACUACGGUCCCUAGAGAGCAGGUGGUCUCUUAUCCACGUGGCGGUUCCUAUGUGCUCAAAGACAGCAGGCUGCAGCUUGCUCUCGUUGACAUGGAAGCCACUAUCCACGCCGAGGACCAUGGCUACGCCCUUAUUAUCCCUUCUUGCCCAGUUGAGACAAGCUCGUCGGCAGUUUUUGAUGCGGACCAUGGAAACUUGGCGUUUAUUGAAACGUUUGAUCACGCAGCCGUGCAGGAGCUUCUCAACUCUCUCACUCGAGACAAAGUCCCAGGCCAUGCGCACUUCUUUCCCUCGCAUGGCCCUGCAGGUAAUAUCACAGAUCUGAUCAGCGUUUCCGGGUUCAUGUAUCCUUCAUUCUCUCCCAUGGAGUUUGUCCACAGCCAGACGACUUGCUGA